AUGGGCCAUGUGGGCUCAGGUCCUCUGCCGCAGGAUCGCCAGUGUGGGAAGUACACAGUGGGCCUGGAGGCUGGAAGGGGGCUGGUCCUGCCGGACCCCAUCACUGGACGCAGUGCAGCUGGGACACGGGGCACACGCCUGGACGUGGGCGUGGGGCUGGGAGGUUGCCUGCCGACAGAGCAUCUCCCUGGGGGGAAGGGCGAGACCCGGGCAAAGCUGAAGCGCUCACAGAGCUUCGGAGUGGCCAGUGCCAGCAGCAUCAAGCAGAUUCUGCUCGAGUGGUGUCGCAGCAAGACCAUGGGCUACCAGGGGAGUUUAAUUCUUUCACACAGGAGUCCGCUGAGACUACUUCUGUACACGGAUGUGGAGUCAAAUGGAGAGCUGCCUGCAGGGCCAUACGAAGAUGUUGCUGUUCCACGUCAAGUUCUGCAGGAGGCCCCCUAUCAGCCUCCAGAGAGCCCUGAGGAGGUGGAACCUUCUCCAGUCCAGGAGGAAGCUGCGUCUCAGCCUCCAGAGAGCCCCGAGGAGGUGCAACCUUCACUUGAGCAGGAGGCCCAGGCUCAGCCUGCAGAGCAUCCUGAGGAGGCGGAACCUCCUCCAUUCCCUCAGGAGGCCCAGGCUCAGCCUGCAGAGCGCCCUGAGUAUGACUCUGCCCCACUCCAGCAAGAGGCCCCAGCGCAAGUUCCGGGGUCCCCUGGUGAGAAUGUACCUCAGUUUCCAGCGAGUGAAGAGGCAGCAGCUCGACCUGGAAGUAACUAUCCAGCUCACUCCAAGCUGUCCAGUGUUACACUUAAACCUGUGGAUUUGGAACUUAUGGUCACUCCAGAGCCUGCUAAGGAAGGCGAGUUUACCGCAGCCCAGCAGGAGCCCCGGCCUCAGCCUCCUGAAUAUUCUGUGGAGGCAGAACCUUCUCCAACCCCGCAGGAUGCCACAGGUCAGCCUCCAGAGCCUCCUGAGGAAGCUGAGCCUUCUCCAGGUGAACAGGGACGACCGGCUCAGCCUUAUGAGCCUAAUGGGGAAGUUGUACCCUUCUCAACCCAGCAGGAGAGCCCAGCUCAGCCCACAGAGCAUCCUGAGGUGGUGAACCCAGCCACCCAGCAGGAGAGCCCAGCUCAGUCUCCAGCAGAGAUAGAGCCUUCCGCAACCCAGCAGGAAAGCACAGCUCAGCGUCCACAGUCUCCCGCUGAGGCCGAACCCUCUCCAGCUCAUUCUCAAGAUCAUGUGACAACAGCUUCUCCUCCAGGCCAGGAUCAAGCUCAGUCUCUGCAGUGGCCCAGUGUCACUGUUAAACCUGUGGACCUUGCACUCACCAUAACUUCAGGGCCCACAAGUGAAGCUGGACCUUCUCCGCCCCAACAGGAGGCCUCAUCUCAGUCUGCAGGGUCCCCUGAGCAGUUGGAACCGUUACUGGUCGAGCAGGAGGUUCCGGAACAGCCUCCAGCCCCCUCAGGAAAUGGUGAACCUUCUCCAGUCCAGCUUGAGCCCCCAACUCAGCCUCCAGAGACCUCUACAGCUGCCACAGCUCAACAUCCAGUACAUAAUGAGGUGACGUUCUCACCUGCAGGGCCAGGUGAAGCUCAGCAUCCAGUGAUGCCUAGUACCAUAGGCAAACCCCUGGAUCUCACAGUUGUCAUCACUCCAGAGCCUGCUAAGGAGGCUGAAAGUUCCCCAGAGCAGCAGGAGGGCUCUGCUCAUUUUCCCGUUUCCCCCGAGCAGGCUGAAAUUUCUCCAGUCCAGUCUAAGCCUCUUUCUCCGUCUCCGGAGCACCCUGGGAAGGUUGAAUCUCCCAGGACAACAAGAGGCCACAGCUCAGACUACAGGUCCCCCUGAGGGGGUGGGGCUUUCUUCGGUCCAGGAGGAAGCCCCGUCUCAACCUCCAGAGCCACCUAAGGAGGUUGAGAUGACAGUUGGAAGACCAGGACAGAAUCACGCUCAGCAUUCCAGCUCGCCCAGUGUCACUCAUAAAGCUUUGGACCUGGGGCUGACCGAGGCCUGGCUCAGACGCAGCAGCAUGAGGGCACC